AUGGAGCCCCAGUUCAUCGUCAUUGCCUUUGUGGAUGACACUCAGUUUGAGAGAUUCAACAGCAGGGAAGAGCCUCCGAGGACAGAGCACUGUGCACCAUGGGUCAAUCAGCAGAAGUCAGAAUACUGGGAGUGGAGGACGGAUCAGGCCAUGGACGAAAGACAAAGGUUCAUAGAAAUGUUGACAAGUCUGCUCCACACCUACAACUAUAGUGAAACUGGAUAUCACACAAUCCAGAAUCUGUAUGGCUGUGAUUUGCUGUCUGGAGAGUCCCGUCACCCACAAUACAAAUUAAACUUCAACCGCCAUGACUACAUCGCCAUAAACGAGGACCUCAACACUUGGAACACGGUGGGCAAGGCAGCUGAAAACCUCAGACUGGAGUGGGAGGAGUCAGGCGUUGCACAAUUAGUGAAGACUUACUUGGAGGAGGAAUGCGUGAAGUUGUUCCGCAUACAGCUUGACUAUGGGAAGAAUAUUUUGCUGAGAACAGAGCCUCCUCAGCCCCCCAUCCUCAUCAUGACAAUUGUUAUUGGCCUGGGUCUUGGAGCUGUGCUUAUGGGAGCUGUGGUGACUUUUCUCAUAUGGAAGAGGAGGACUAAAGGUCCAUACCAGCCGUGCCAUUUCCAAACCCUCCUGACUUGGCCUGGCCUCUCGGACUCUCAGUUCAUCUCUGCCGGCUAUGUGAACGAUACACAAUUCAUGGGGUUCGACAGCAGGGCAGAGAUUCAGAGGAUGGAGCAGCGGGCGCCGUGGCUGGAUCAGCAGAAGCCCAAGUAUUGGGAGGAGGAGACACAGAGCAUCUCGAGAGAAAAGAAGUUCUUCAAAGAAGUAAUGAAGAAAGUACUCCAUGUCUAUAACCAGAGCAUGUCUGGAUAUCACACAGUCCAGAGGAGGUAUGGCUGCGUCUUGCGGCCUGGAGGGUACUUUAGUCGUGGAUUCCACGAAUUAACCUUCAGUGGCCAGGAUUACAUCACACUGAAUGAGAACCUGCGCACUUGGACCUCGGCUGGCAAGGCUGCUAAACUACUCAGGCAGCAGAGGGAAAAGACACGUUUUGCUCAAGUGGUGAAGACUUACCUGAUGGACAAGUGCGUUGAAUUGCUCCUCACACAGCUGGACUAUGGAGAGGAGUUUUUGCUGAGAACAGGACAUGUGAUCGAAAUGUCUCAGAUGUAUAGGGAUGGGAGCAACCAGAAUCUGGACGUGGAGGUGAUAGAGACCAGGCCUGCAGGAGAUGGCACCUUCCAGAAGUGGGCAGCUGUGGUGGUGCCUCCUGGGGAGGAGCAGAGAUACACAUGCCAUGUGGAUCAUGAGGGGCUGCCUGAGCCCCUCACCCUGAGAUGGGAGCCUCCUUAG